AUGGCCUCUGGAGCUUAUGCCCCGCUUACUCUAUCUGCUGCACAGACAGGGCCCAGCAUGAACUGCUGCCAAAUUCUGGCAGUGAUCCUCGUGAAUGUCCUUGCUCUCCCUCUUCAGAUCUUGGCCUUGCCAUUCCAACUGCUCUUUAUUUUGCUCAUGCCACUGGUGAGCUUCUGCUCGGCACUCAGCUUAAGGAGGCGAGCUGCAGCCAUUGAUGGACGGGCAGAAGAUCCGCUCGUUGCGCAAACCUGGGGAUCAUUGGAGGAGCUCUUGUCUCGACCUGCGGUCAGUGUCGACCUCUCCGCGACAUGGCCGAUGGUAUUGCUGGCAGCCCUACUGCUUCCAAUGAUCUUGGUGAACAACUUGCUUGCCAUCUGGAUCCCGCCGUACUUUGCUCACAUCGCCCGGAUGGCAAAAUGGCACCAGCUGUCUGCCACAGGCUGUGGGAAGGUUCUCUUUUCCUGGUAUUACUGGAACUGGCAUCUCCUCUUCGGCACUCUGAUCGCAUACAUGGGUCAGCGGCGUGUCAGCGUCUAUGCCUUUGAAGGUGAGGCGCAAGGUGGUGGUGACUAUUGGUGGCAUGGACAAGGCUACUUUACUGGGACGCACGCUCUGGUUGAUCAACUCGCUAUGGGUGUGCAAGAUCGUGGAUUAGGACGCGCCGCCUUCGAUGCGGUGGUUCCAGAAGUCUUCCCGCUCGACUCGAUCAUAUUUCUUCCCAACAGCCAUGAGGCGACCUCCAAGUGGGCUGAAGACAGGAAAGUCAUGCACGACUUCUGGCUUUCAGAACAAGGCCCAAACUAUGCGCAGCGGGUCGGGCACUUGAAGGGACUCGUCAAAGAAAGCUGGAGCAAUCCCAGCUUGGACAAUUUGGCUAACAUCAAGGUAGCAUCGGUCUUGGUGUCUCGGUGCGUGUUCUAUGUCUUCUUCGGCCAUUGGCUGACAGACGAAGAGGCCAGUGUCAUGAGCCGUUGGGCCCGCGAUGCACCACUGCUUGUCACGCCACGGUUCAUACACCGGUUGGCGUUCAACUUCUUCGUGCACCAGUGCAAGGACUUGCGUGCAGAGACCAUCGCGCUGAUCAGCAAGCAUAAGCUUGGGCACGUCUUCAGCACCAUGAACUCAACCUUCUCUUCCGCCAACCGUCGCAAGUACGACGUCGACCUUUGCAAUGAGCUGAUGUUCGUUAUUGGUUUUGCAGGGAUCGGCGGGCCUAGUCGUGCUGCGGCUUCGGUGGCGAAGUUCCUGCUGGCAAAACAGUCGGAAGACCAGGCUGGUGUAACCUUCGGCGGGGCAAACAGCCACUCGAUGAUCGCCUUGUACAAGAAGGACCCCAAGGCCUUCAUCAUGGAGACGUGCCGAAUUUCAUCUCCAGUGGGAACCUUCACCACCCGGCUGACCGCAAGCGCUGCGAAAGAGCUCGGGCUAGGCCUGGACCUAGGCAAAGCCCAGGAGACGCAUUUGGCGGGAGUGAUCAACGUUUCGAACGUGGAUCCUAGGAAGUUCCCGGAGCCUUACAAAUUUGACCCUGCACGGCCAAACUUGCCGGAUGCACUUACAUGGAAUGGAAAGGCUUUCAGUUCCAGAGAAUGCGAUUACCCUCGCCUUUGCCCCGGGCGAGAUUUGAGCAUACAGAUCGUGAAAACUCUUGCAGAGGUAUUAUUGUGCCCCAGUGGCUGUGAGUGCAUGAACCCGGUAGUCCAGGUCCCCAGCGUCACAGGAAUGGAGAGGUUGGAAUACGAGGCUGAAAAGGAAGCUGUUCUGGAGCGUGUCCACAAGAGGAGUGCAAACCAACUUGUAGCAGAUGGAACAGGGAUCGUUGGCCUUGGGGCCGAGUUCGACCGAAAUGCCGGGAGGAUAACGCUCUACUGGGAGUACGGUCAUUUGCCUUACUUGAGCGAAAUCUCCAGAGGACGCACUGUGCUCAUUAGCACGGUGGAUGGUGGAGUCGACGUUGAGGAUGCCUCCAAGACCAUCUCUGGGGAAGUGGAGAGCGUCUCCAGUGACUGCAUGGUCGUUGUUACCCAGUACGAGAGGCUGCCUGCCGGCAGGCGAGGUGGUCGGAACCAUCUUUUCCGCGCAGACCUUGGCCCGAACAUCGUGGCAUACAAGCGCCAGCCAUGGUUCGCAGAUGCCGGCAUUGGCUGCUGGCUGUGCUGCCGCUGCAAUGCCACUUGUCCGGGGCUGUUCUUUGAGCUCAAAGCGAAGAGUGCUGGGCCAGCGGAGUGCUUCAAGGCGACUCCCGGGCAUGGGCACAGCGUACAUGGAAGCUACGAAGCAGAUGGGCCGAACGAGGGGGUCCUGGUCACCUUGACCAGCGGCUCCGGCAAGGAACUCUUCCGAAAUGCCAACCCGUCGGGUCGCUUCAGCAUCGAGGUGAUGGAGGAGCUUCCGCAUAAGCUCUGUUUCGAGAGCUCCGUGGAAGAAAGUCAGAUGGUAAGCUUCAACUUCCACGUGGAUGAGCACGGAGACGGUACCGACCACCACGACAAAGAGCACAUGGAGUAUGUGACAAAAGAGCACACAGACAAGGUUGAGGAGCUGGUCGCCAAGCUGGAGGCAAAAGCCAAUGACAUCCUUGACCAGCAGCAGUAUGCCAUCACCCGUGAGGCAGUGCACCGAGAGACAGCUGAAUCCACCAACGCACGCGUGAUGUGGUGGACCCUUGCAGAAGUGGCUGUCCUGAUCAGCCUGGCUGCCUUUCAGGUCUACUACCUCCGGUCAUACUUUGAGGUGAAGCAGAUAGUGUAG